AUGUCAAAAGAAUUCUACAUCUACGGUCGCAAACCGAUCAUUGAAAUAUUACAAAACAAACCAGAAAGUCUCAUCCGUAUCUAUAUCCGCGAACAGACCACUGGACGAGAAAUCGAUAUUAUCAAGAACCUCGCAAGUGAAAAAAAGGUCCUCACCAGUGGUACGAACGAGGGACAAAUUAAAAAGUUCCUCUCUGACGAGGUAAACCACCAGGGAGUUGUCGCACUUUCCAAGCCUUUUGAGUAUACGCAUUUGGAUACUUGGCUCUCUGAGAUAGACAUGGAUACUCGCCCCAGUGUCAUCGUCCUGGAUCACCUCACUGAUGUUUCCAAUGUCGGAGCCAUCAUCCGCAGUGCCACUGCUGCAGGUAUUGAUGCUAUCAUCGUAGCUGAGCUCAACCAGGCACCGAUCACCAGUGCGGUGUAUAAAACCUCUGCAGGUACGGUGGGACGUAUCCCGGUAAUCCAGGUGGGAAAUAUCAACCAGACCAUGGAUAAACUAAAAACAGCAGGCUUCUGGUCAGUAGGACUUGCGAUGAUGGAACCUGAUGCAGAAAACCCAUACAGUGGAUCUACGGAUCUCUGGCAAUAUGACUUUACCGACGCACCAAAUGCUAUCGUGGUAGGGAGCGAAGGAGAGGGGAUACGAUUUAAAACUCGCGAGCACUGUGAUGCGCUGAUUCAUAUCCCUAUGGAGAACAAUGUAGAAUCCCUCAAUGCCUCAGUAUCCGUCGCAGUACUCAUGCGUGCACAUGCAUUCAAGGACGCCGAAGCAAAGAAUAGGGAAAUAUCUGUAGGGACAUUUAACUACCCACUGCUCAUGGCGGCGGAUAUCGUGAUGUAUGAUGCAGAUAUAGUACCCGUAGGACAAGACCAGGUACAGCACGUAGAAAUAGCUCGAGAGAUUGUUCGUAAGUUUCACAAUACGUGGGGUGACGGAGUGUUUAUUGAACCAGAGGAACUCGUAGUAAAAGAAGUAGCCACCGUCCCAGGUACUGACGGGCAAAAAAUGUCCAAGUCAUACAACAACACCAUCCCACUGUUCGGUACUGAUGAGGAAAUCCGUAAAGCCGUGAUGAGUAUCGUCACUGACAGUGGAUCAGGUGUCCCAGAGCAUGUGUACGCUAUCCAUAAACUCUUUAAAUCACCUGGUGAGCUUGCGCAGUUAUAUCAGGAGAACACGGGUAAGUAUAAACCUCUCAAGGACGCCCUAUACGAGGAUAUUAUUGCGUAUGUGUCGCCCAUGCGUGAGCGUCGCGCGUAUUAUGAAAACAAUCCAGAACUUGUGAAACAGAUAUUACAACAGGGAGCAGAAAAAGCCCGCACAAGAGCAGGGGAGAAAAUGAAGUUG